GACUUGUUCAUAUUUAACACCGGAAGUUAUGACGUAGUGGGGGUGAAUUUGUGGAAAAUAUCACGCCUAUAAAAAUUUCUUCAAAAUGAUGCAGUUUAUGUUACUGUUUAGUCGUCAGGGAAAACUGCGGCUACAAAAAUGGUACAUCGCACACCCAGAUAAACUGAAGAAGAAAAUCACUAGGGAAUUGGUUGCUUUGGUGCUAUCUCGCAAGCCUAAAAUGUGUAGUUUCUUGGAGUGGAAAGAUCUGAAAGUUGUGUAUAAAAGAUAUGCUAGUCUAUAUUUUUGCUGUGCAAUAGAGGCUGAAGACAAUGAACUUCUUACACUAGAAGUCAUUCACAGAUAUGUAGAACUUCUGGAUAAGUAUUUUGGAAGUGUAUGCGAACUAGACAUUAUCUUCAACUUUGAGAAAGCCUAUUUUAUGCUGGAUGAGCUUCUGCUGGGGGGAGAAGUUCAAGAGACCAGUAAAAAGAACGUCCUCAAAGCAAUCGCUGCCCAGGAUCUUCUACAGGAGGAUGAGGCUUUUGAAACGGCCCUCAAAGAGCACGGUCUUUACUAACGGCGGGACGUAACGGAAGAGACUCCUCAGGGAUUCUUUGAGGACCAUGGUCUCGGUUGAUUUGGCGGCUGCAUGCGCAUGGCACAUGGUAGUCAGGAGGAGCGAGGAGAAAAAAUUAACGGUUUUGGACACUGUACUAACAUUGCCUGCUUUGGUUUGACCUUGUACUACAUAUUCAACCUUGACCCACUCCCUGACCUGUGAAUUUGUGUAGCUGUGUUUUAAUUAGUAAUGAAUUGUUAUCAAAAAUAUCAAUAAGGAGAAUGCUUACUAGUGCCAUGUAAAAAAAUAAUUCUGUGAAGCAAAACAAUUGUAAUGCCUUUUGCUAUUAAGCAUUUUACCAGGUAUUUGACUGUAAAUAAAAUGCAUAGUGCUUGGGAGGUCUCAUUAUUGUGCCAGGCUAUUUGUGUGUUGUCUUAUUUUCAAGGUAUUCUCAUUUAGUGCUGGCUCUUGUUGAAGGAUAUUUCUAUACCAUGACAAUGAUCUUUUUGGGAGUCAAUUUUUAUUUGUUAAAUCAUUAUUGUCAGAGUUGGGAAUUUUUUUUUCCUUAUGGAAUUUAUGUUGUGUUUCUUUAGUAUCAUUUGAUGUCAAUGCCCUAGAAGUAUAUGAUGAGUUAGAUAAUUUAAGACUAGAAGGUUUUUUUUUCACAUUUCAAGUUUUCACUUGUUUAGACAAUUGAAUGAAUUGAUACAUAUUGACAAUGUAUGUAUAUCAUAUAUUUUGAGGUCAUGUCUUAUCAAACAUGUUAGAUGCAUGGUACAUAGAUAUAUAUCACAUAUGUUAGAAUUCUCUCACUUGGAGUACCAAUGUAAAUACUCGUUGGUCUGUCUGUGCAUGGAGGCUGUAAAGUUAUAAACAUAAGUACUGUAAACCAACUUUAGUACUUCACGGAGCACCAGUCACAAAUUGUCUCCUGACAACAGUUGUUUGAUUGAGGCUUUUUUCAAUUGAACAGCAAAUAAUUAUAUUCUGUAAACAUGCAUUGGUUCUGGGCAGCUUAUAACAAUCAAGAGACACAGGCACCUGAAAUUAAUAAAGAAAAUUUAUCAUUAUGAAAAAUGUAUGCUGUCUAUGUUAUAUACUGUAGAAGCAGAAAUAUUCGUUGAGGAUUUAAUUUCGUUAUUUUUGUUCAAUGAAUUUAAAUCCAUGACAAAUUUCGAACCCAAAUACUCAUAAAUACGGAGUUGAUAUGUGAUAUAAUAAUAUUUUAGAGAUUAUGAUAUGACAUAAAAUCCCAACAAAAUUUUAUUUGGUUUAAAAAUCAAUGAAAUUUUAACCCAAUGAAUAUACAUGUAUGUUCUUCUAUAGUAUUAAUGGCAAAAAUAUAAAACGCCAGGUGCCUCUGCCAAGUUCUAUAAAUGAUUCAAGGUCAAAAAUAAACAAGUUACUAUAGCCUCCUUAUACAGCUGGACUGUAUGUUUGCAUGUGUACUCCAAUCUGCAUGAAGUAGAGAAAUAAAUUGGAAUGAAGCCUAUAUAAAGGUAUUAAUACUCUGUAUUCAUUUUACUGAAAUCCAUGUCAUUUGAAUCCAAUAUGUAUUCUGCUACUUUACAUGCUAUUAAGAACAAAAAAGUAUUGUGAAAAUAUCCAUUAAAGGAUGAAAUUUGUUGUCAAA